AUAUCGUUUAAAAAUAAUGUCUCAAGCCCACGAUCAGUCACAAAAUCUCCUUUAUCAAUGACAAAAAAUGCUUUAAUUCUUCAUCAUCAAAAUCACCACAAAGAAAGUUUGCGUUCAUCUAAUGUCCAUCGACAUAUGAGACAAAACACGACUAAUAGUAAAACAUUUAAUACAGAAGAUUCAUUCACAAAAAAAUCUCGUACAAUAACACCAGAUCGUGUUAGUAUUCAGUCGAGAAGCACAAUAGCAUCAACAAUUGACAAUGGUGUAACAAUGAAAAAUCUCUCUGAGUGCAUUGAUCGUGUGGGUGUUGUAUUUGAAGAAACAAAUGUAUCGAAUAUCGAUAAAACAGGAAAUAAUGGUUUUUUAACAACAAUUGAUCUCAUUCGUGAACAACUCAAACAAAAUGGUCAAUCACAACAAAAAAACGGUUCACUUUUAAAUAAACUCGAACGUACGACUAGCCAAUCAAAGCUGACUAAUUCAUCUUCAUUUCCUACAAGUUUUAAUUCACAUCUAUCAUCACAAACAAUUUUACGAUCGCAUUCAUCUCGAACACCAUUAGGUGUUUCGACACUCUCCCCGUCAACUCCAUCGUUAUCACACCGACAAAGUCUAGGCAUAUUUUUACCUGGUUUAGCAACGCCAAUAGCACAAGAUCAAUUAAUAUAUCAAAAUGUGCCGAAUCUACGCUCCUAUUCAGCACAUGCUGAUCAAACACCAUCGUUCCGUGUAACACAUAAAAGCGAAAGUUCAGCAUUGACUAUAAAAAAUAUUACAUCUGUACCAUCAUCUCAGAGUAAAAUUCAAGAUGUUGUCAGUGAUAAAUCGAUAUUAAAACAAGAAGAAAAACAAUCAUUGUUAAAAAAGAACUCAUCCGUUGUUACAAGUUUGCCAAUGAACAAAAUUUGCAAUAGCGUACCAAGACCAUUUAGAAAAACAUAUCAGGAUAAACCAACAGCCAUAAUUGAACCAAAUACAUAUACCAUUAACGACAAACUCGCUAAACAAGAUAAUGUUGAAACACCCGUUACGCCUGAGAAUACUGUACCAGUUAAUAUUGAUUCAGAGCAUAGUUAUGUAAACUUUCCUGGUCAUUCACUACCAAAAUCUAUCUUAAAAAUUCAGUCUACCACCACAACACAAUUUGAGGAUCAUAUUUACAACAAUGAAAUAAAUGACGCUAAUAUCGUCCAACCAAUAGUGCCGGUUAUUGUUGAUAAUAGUGGUGGUUCAACGAGUUCCUAUACCUGUAGUACAAGUAAAACAUCAAGCAUUUAUUCGACGGAUUCUAACAAAAAAAUAAAUCAAACUAAUUUACCUUUUACAAAAUCCCUCUUGACAUCAACAAAAUUAUCGAGUUCGUGUGCUGAUUCUCUUUAUGCCAUUACAAAUCUACCUGAGUAUGGAGAAUCCCUUUAUGAUAAAACCAUUAUUGUUCAAGAUUCAAACGCAACAACAGCAGCUGAAUAUGAUUCAUUUGACGAUGAAUUUGAUGAGAAAAAUCCUGAUUAUCAGCAGGAUUUUGCACAAGUAGAGAAAAGUGUACAAUUAAAUGAUAAUACAGACGAUGAUUCCUUCGAUGACACGUUUGAUGACAAAGCAACAAAACAAGGACAACUGUUGACUUCUCAAACAGAAUUUGAUCAAAUAGCAACAACAAAACCUAUAGAUAAUAAGAAAAAACAAAGUAAUAGUUUUCUUCGUGCAACGUUAAAUCGAUUAAGUUUAACUCGAUCGAAUAAGUCUCUCGAACGAUUAACUACUACUCCGACAACAUUCAUCUCUAAGGAAGAAAAUGAAACGAGUCCAACAUCAGAUAAUAUACAAACAAAACGACAACGAUCUGAAAACAUUCUGUAUACUGUUGCUAUUGAUAUGAAUACAAUUGCAGAUGUACCAAGUAUAGAUAAAAGUUCCUGUGCGGAAAAUACUAAUCAACAGCCAAGUAAAGUAUUUGAUUCAUCAAAAAAGAAAAGUUUAAGGAGUAUUAAAGCAAAACAAGCGGCAAAGAAAAUAGGAGGGGCGACGUUUACCAAUGAUCAAAGUUUUGA